AGAAAAAGACUCCCUUAUCCAAUAGUAGCUAGAACAUCAGAAAGGAUGAUGAGCCUCUCCAUUGCCACUCCUCCUUCAAGUGUUAACUUUGCUUCCAAGUUAAACCUCUCUAAAUCCUCCUUCCAUGGCGUUCGAAUUGCUCAAGUCUGUCCGGUUCAUGCUCGAAGCGCGCAUUCUAUAGCGACCACUCGCUCUUCUUCAUUAAUGGUGGUGAAUAUGGCGAAGAGAGAUGACGAAUUGAAGGAAAUUCGAACCAAAACUACUGAGGAGCUUCAGGAAGAGAUUGUUGACCUUAAAGGAGAGCUCUUCAUGCUUCGUCUUCAAAGAUCAGCUCGUAAUGAGUUUAAGUCAAGCGAGUUUCUUCGGAUGCGUAAAAGGAUUGCUCGAAUGCUUACUGUUAAACGGGAGCGUGAGAUGGAAGAAGGAAUUAACAAAAGGAUAUCCAGGAAGCUUGAUCGGAAAUGGAAGAAAAGCAUUGUUCCUAGACCACCUCCUUCUUUGAAGAAGUUGCGAGAGGAAGAGGCAGCUGAAGAGGCUAAGGAAUCUGCCUGAUGUUAACACAUUUUCAUUGGUAAAUGUCAUAUUUUCAUCUCUCUUCUUUUCUCAUUUGGUGCUCCUUUCAGGUCAAAUAGUAGAAGGUGAUUCUUUUUUUAUUUUUGGUGGAUGGCUGUUUGUUUUGAAGAUGAUUAUUCUUGGCAUGUAAUUUUAAUCCUCUAUAUGGUGCCA